AUGAAUUUGGGAUUACUUGAGUUCACCAUAGCUUUUAAGGAGCCUAAGCCAGCAGCUUUGACUGAUGUCAAUAGUCAAGAAGAAAAGGAUGCUUUUAAGAAAUGGGAGAGAGCAAAUGAUAUGUCUUUGCUUAUAAUGCAAAAUUCAAUGGAAAAGCACAUCAGAGGUGGCAUCCCAGGCUAUGAUCCUGCCAAGGAUUAUAUGGAAGCUGUGGAGGAAAAGUUUAAGAGGUCUGACAAGGCUGAAUCAAGUUCUUAUCUUACUACACUCACUUCAACCAAGUUUGAUGGAACUGGGAGCAUGAGAGAGCAUCUCCUCAAACUUGUUAAUGUGGCAAACAAGCUCAACAAUCUGGAUUUGCAGAUUACUCAUCAAUUCCUUGUUCAUAUGGCUCUCAAUUCCUUGUCUUCUGAUUAUGAGCAAGUGAAGAUCAACUACAAUACCCAGAAAGAGACUUGGACUGUCAAUGAACUUAUUGCUAUUUGUUGUCAAGAGGAGGAGAGAUUAAAAAAGGGCAAAGCUGAAGUUGUCAAUUUGGUACAUGCUGGGAAAGGAAAGAAAGCAGCUACAGUCAAUAAAUCUGGAAAUCCCAAUCAGAAGACAAAUGCACCUAAAACGGGUUCAUAUUCCAAUUCAAAGAAAAAUGCUCAUAACUUUGUUGUGCCUGCUCAAAACUCUAUUGCUACCACUAGUUCUAGUCUUAAACCUAACAAAGACAUUUUCAAAAAAUGUUUCUUUUGCAAAUCUGCUGAGCAUGUGAGGAAAGAUUGCCCUGGUUUUAAGGCAUGGCUCAUUAAGAAAGGUAUUCAAAUUGUUGAUGGAUUCAAAAGCCAGAAGGACCAAAAUAGAGAGAUCUACAAAGUCUUUGUUGGAAAUGGAACAAAAGUAGAAGUAGAGUCUGUUGGUAGUGUUAAGUUAGAGUUGUCAUCUGAUCUUCUAUGCUUUGGCAUAGGAGAUUAG